AUGCAAAAACAACCCUUAAGGAUCGUACAAUUGAAUAUGAACGGACAGUUCAUAGUCGCAGAACAACUAAGAGAUUAUUUUAUCAAUAAGAAAGUAGACAUAGCCUUGGUCCAGGAACCACCUUCAAGAGGUGGGUGUAUUCCUGGACUAGAAAAUAUCCCGAUUAGAACAAUUACGGGAGCGGACUCCGAGGCAGGAGCCGCAAUCAUUGUUUUUAAUCCCAAUUUAUCUAUAAAUUAUCAGAAAAAAUAUAGCCGUCGCCACAGUCAAACAGAAAAACAGAAAAGUCAAAACAUUUAUUUCGGCGUACUUUAA